AUGCCUUCUAGAUCUGCCUCCCGUGAAGAGCACGAGUUCAAGAAAGGUGUAUCUGUGGUGCUCUUCCGCCAGAAUCCCCUCGGCCUGGGCCAGAAUGCUUAUAAAGAGCUGGCGCUGCUGGCAGACAACUUCCGGGAGAAGUACAUGCUUUAUGGAAAGCGGACGAGCAAGCAUUUCUCGAGACACUACGCGCUGGACCCGAAAUUCCUUGGGCGCAUCGAGCAGCACCUAGGAAGCACUCGUCAGACCAUCCACGCGCCACCGAAGAAGGCGGACGCUCCCGGUUGGAAGAUCGUGGUGAAGUUCCGGAAGUUUCUCGAGAAGUUUCCAGGUGAGCGGAAUUUGGCGAUCAUUAAGCACUACAAAUCCGGCAAGGACUGCAUGGGCGAGCACAGUGACGCCGCCUCGAUCGCCCACAUGCCGGUGGCCAGCCUGUCCGCAGGCGCCGCGCGGCGGAUCAUCUUUCGAGCUAAUGCGGAAGGCAAGCGGCGUGGCGUCAGGAUGAAGCCCUUGAAGCUUUGGAUGGAACAUGGCGAUGUGCUGGUCAUGGUCGGGAAAGAGUUCCAAAGUCUUAUGACACAUGAGCUGCCCAGGGACGAAGGAGUGAAGUCUGGACGAGUGGGAGUUGUUCUAAGGGCUCGGGAGCUGGUGCCUGAGGCGAGUUCGACGUUUCCACGCAAGCGGCAGCGAGCUGUGAGCACGGACAAGAGCGGACGGCGGAAGGGGAACAAAAGUCAGGCUGAGGAGCGAUCGCAGCGGCGAGCGGCCGCCAUACGGGAUGUGCUCCAGAGUAUCAGGUGUGCGGUGCAGAGCAGUGCGAAGUGGUGCGAAGCUGGUUUGGUGCCUAUAGGACAUGUUGAGGUGAUUUUUGUUGAGGUGGAGAUGGUGGAAGAGUGUACUUGUUCGGCCUUUAAAGAGGCCUUUUGA